AUGAAUUCCACGGGAUGCGGGACAACAAAAAUCUGCUUGUUCAAACCGCGCGGAUGUAAUCCGAAUAUGGAUUGUACGACUGGAGUGAUAUUGGAAGUUGUUGGGGAGAAUCAGAUGAAGGUUCAGAUGGUGGCUGCGGUGAGUUUUUUUUGGGAUUUCAUGAGAAAAAAUGGCGUUUUCACGUAGAAAAACGUGAAAAACUGAAAUCGCUGCGAGACCUCACUCUUUCGAAAAAUGUGUGCGUCUUUGAUUUGGUCAGAAUUUGAUUUUCAGCCCAUAACUUUUUUGAGAAUGCGUUUCAGAAACAAGUAAAUAGUUUUCCUGGCUCAUCUCGACGAGACGAUUCAGAUGGUAUAUUCAGAUUUCUCUGAAAAUGCCCCUAACAUGGCGAAAAUGCUCUGAAAUCACUAUCUAGUGUGUAAACACCGCGACGCACAAAUGCACAAAUUGCGUACCGUAGUUUCAAAUUUUCUCGAAAUCAAGAAAUUUUUGUGAAAAUUUCAAAUGUUUCCAGACAAUAGUUCCACCGGUUCAACAGCAAUAUGUUGCGAUCGCAUUUUCCGAUGAUCAACAAAUGGUAUGUCAAUUUAUUAUUUUCCACACCUCGACCUUUUGUUGAUUAUUACAACCACAAGAUGUUCGAUCAUCGAACGCUUCUUCUCAAAAUUUUUCUUUCCAGGGCAAUGAUUCGGUGACAGAAUGCGUCAUAAGUAAUAUGGGAGAAUUCGUGGGAUACGAGCCCGAAGUCUAUCUGUCCUACAACAAGGGAAAAUCGAAUGAUCGUGUAUUUUUGAACGACGACGAACAUCAAGAAAUGUUCAAAGAUUUGGCGGGAGAAGUGAUUGAUAGUCGGAUGGUUUGCGAAUUCACGCAGCAAAUAAUUCCACAAAUUGACAAUAAGAAUGGAUUGGUUUGGAGUUUGAAGGGCGAUUUUUAUGUGAUGGCGGCGACUGGGUCUGCACAACCUGAUGGUGAGCAAAAAACAAUUUUUUUUUCAAGUUCAAGGUUUUUUUUAGAAGUAAACGCUCAUGAGAUGAAUCGUCAAUCACAUUUCUUCCCAAUCACAUCUGAGAAAACUUUCGAUCUAACUAAAUUCGGAAACUUUGAUCAUCCAACCGCUUUUGUCUCGAAACUCAACACAAAUCGCAUUGAGAAACAUCCACUUCGAACAACCACUUCAGAACCCGAACAAAAUGUGGUCUCGCGACUUUUGACGUCGCCAAUCAUCGCCUUGUUUUCCAUCGUUUUCUUCUUUUGA